AUGGCAAGAACCAAGAACACUGCACGUAAAACAACUGGAGGUAAAGUUCCAAGAAGAAUGAUCUCACAAAAGACUGGACCAAUGGAACACCUCAAGAAUGCCAAUCUGAAUAUCAGUGGAGGUAUAAAGAAAACACAUAGAUAUAAGCCAGGAACAGUUGCACUCAGAGAGAUCAGAAAGUACCAAAAGACAAGUGAAUUGUUGAUUCGUAAACUUCCAUUCCCAACAUUCCAAUCAUCUGCAAUUGCUCUGUAUCAUGAUAUUAACGUUACUAACACUUUACACAUACAUGCAUUACAAGAAGCUUCUGAAGCAUAUCUUGUUGGUUUGUUUGAAGAUACUAAUUUAUGUGCAAUCCACGCUAAAAGAGUCACCAUCAUGCCAAAAGAUAUGCAAUUGGCAAGAAGAAUCAGAGACUAUAUUUGUUUUAGUUUAUCUUGUAGAAAGUUGUUUUAUGAAAGAGAUAGAUAUCUUUUAUUUAACCCAGAUCACCUGGUGAUUAGAGAUAUCGAUGCACUACCUAAAUUCACAUUAAACUCGUACAGAUCCAUCUUUCAGAAAUCAAUGAACAACCGUCAAUCAACUAAAAUGUUCAUCAGUAUGAGACGUUUUAAGAGUGACUUUGAUGGUUAUGACUAUGACUAUUAUGAAUAUUUAGAUGGUAGUGAUAAUGACAACAAUAUAAAGAUAGAUCCAACUGUAACAACUUUAAAAUUUGAUAGAGAUAUUAUAGAACCAAAUGUGAUUCCAGAGGGUGUUGAACAUCUUGUUACAGGUGAUGCUUUCUCUCAGACAUUGACCGCAGACUGUCUACCAAAGUCACUACAAACACUGGAUUACGAACAUGAUUUUACAACCGAUACUAUUCCAGCAUCUCUAGAGAAACUGAAAAUCAAGCGUUACUCUGGAAAGUUUACAAACGAUUGUAUAGCACCAUCACCAUCUGAACAGCUCCCUGCCAACCUCAAACUAUAUUUGAAUCACACCUACCUUAGAGAAAAGAAUUCUUUGAAAAACAUACCAAAUUCAAUUCACUCUAUCUAUCUAAAGUAUGGAAGAAUCAAUGAGAGUACAAUCUGCUUUAGAAGAGGAAGAGUCGAUUUAUUGACAACAUUAGAAGUAAAAAUUUAUUUAUUAAGUAAUAUAUUGGGAUGGUGUAAACCAUCGAACUCUUACAUUUGA